GAAGUUGUCCUGUUUUUGGUAAUUUGAUGAGGAUGAGUGCUUGUCCGUAGGGUACCACGACCCCUCGGAUGCAGAUCCUAACGUUAAGAGAAGGAAGAAAAGAUGAGGAAUUUGAUUAGAAGGUUUGGAACCAUAUUCAGAUUUGAUCAAAUGUUACAGGAACCACAUUUGGAUAAGCUGCCCUGUUUCUAUUGGAUGACAGGGCAUCUGAACUCCCCCACCCCACCACCUCUCUCUCUCUCUCUCUCUCUCUCUCUCUCUCUCUCUCUCUCUCCUCAGCUCCUGCUGAGUCUCUGCUUUGGACUCGGAGCGCUCUGUAUCAGACAGACGGUCUACCUGUUCCUGAUCUAUCUUAAGUGUUCAGCUGCUGUACAAACACUUUGGCCCGGGACCUGUGGAUCAAAGAGGGGCCAGACCCCCACGUCUGGAUUUCAGAGCGUCUCAGAGAUGCUGAAUCCAGUGCUUUUGGAAAUCACCGAGCAGUAAAAGGGCUGAACUUUCAGAGAAACUUGAAUAAUCAGCACAUCAGCAGAAAAAGUGUGGAGAGGAAAGAACCGCGGACGCCGAGGGGAGGGGGGCUCUGCUGUAAAAAGUUAAUUAGCAUUACCAACAAAGUGUAGCUCUGCUACUUUUUUUUUCUUAAACGGUUACCUCUCCAUCCAGCAAAAUUUCACCCAAAAGCAGACAACAGGAUCAUCCUGCGCUGACGCGGCUGGUCGGCAGGAAGCGACUGGUGGCAGCGGGGGUCCUGGGGGUCGUUAUGGUUCUGGUUUUGGUCAUCCUCAUCCCGGUUCUGGUCAACUCAGCGGGGACAGCGGCGCACUACGAAAUGCUCGGUACCUGCAGGAUGGUGUGCGACCCGUACGGCACCAAGUCUCCGUCCAGCACCGCCACGGCGGACACGGUCCGAGACAGCAGCCUCGUGCAGUCUUUACCCACUUUUAUCCAAGGUCCAAAGGGAGAACCGGGUCGCCCGGGUAAGGCGGGUCCGAGGGGGCCUCCCGGUGAACCGGGGCCGCCCGGUCCAAUGGGGCCACCUGGAGAGAGAGGUGAACCGGGCAGACCUGGUUUACCAGGACCUCCGGGAUCCAGCGCAGCUGCCGGUGCAAUUAGCGCGGCCACUUACACCACCGUGCCCAAGAUCGCCUUUUACGCAGGGCUGAAAAAGCAACACGAGGGCUACGAGGUGCUGAAGUUCGACGACGUGGUGACCAACCUGGGAAACCACUAUGAUCCGACCACCGGGAAGUUCACGUGCUCCAUCCCCGGGAUUUAUUAUUUCACUUACCACGUCCUGAUGCGCGGAGGGGACGGCACCAGCAUGUGGGCUGAUCUGUGCAAAAACAAUCAGGUGCGGGCCAGUGCCAUAGCCCAGGACGCGGACCAGAACUAUGACUAUGCCAGUAACAGUGCUGUGCUGCAUCUGGAGCCAGGAGACGAGGUCUACAUUAAACUAGAUGGAGGCAAAGCUCAUGGAGGCAACAACAACAAGUAUAGCACCUUCUCUGGAUUCAUCAUCUAUGCUGACUAGACAACUACACAUUUGUGCCCUCAGCAAUUAUAGGCCUUGUGGCCCAGUCCUCCUACGAAUCUUCCCUCUGCAAAUAAGAUGCUCAGACUUACACCUCUAAACAUAUGUGGAGAAACCAAAAUAAAUCAACCUCCAUACCCUGUAUAUUAUUUUGUAUUCUACAUUCUGGCAUCACCAUUGUCCUCAGUGAAUGUGACUUUGGACAAUAACAUCAAUGAAACGGCUGAUUUGUCAGUGUGGGAUCAAAUCACAUCCUUUCUUUAUACCAUUACAUCACACUCGAACUUAAAGCUGAUGUCUUUGUGUUGAUGUAGUGCUGUGACGGAGUGAUGGCGGUGAAGUGAAGAGGGAGGAGUUUGUGUGUGUGUGUGUGAGAGAGAGAGAGAGAGAGUGUGUGUGUGUGCUACAGUGUGUGGGAGAAGUAGACAGACAGAGACCAUUGUCUUUAAAAUCUAAUUGGGCAAUAAGCUGCUUGUUAACAAAUCAAGCUGUAUAUGAACAAACAGCAUUUAAGUCAACACAGGAAAAUCUAGGAGAAAGUGGAAAAGGGGAAAUCAAACAGAAAUGCAUCAGCUAACGUGUAGUUCUAAACACUGUCGAGUCAAUUAGUGUCAGGUAAUUGACUGUGGGAUGAUUUUGUGCAAUAUCUAUUAUAAUAAACUAUAUUCAUGGUAUAAUUAA